GCGGGGCUAUAGAGGGCGGGGCUUCGAGGGGCCGUCGCGUCACCUGACCGCGGGAGGCUCCGCGCGCGGAUGGUGCUGAUUGCUGCAGGUCCAAGGGAGUCGCCAUGCCCACGACCCAGCAGUCACCUCAGGACGAGCAGGAGAAGCUCCUGGAUGAAGCGAUCCAGGCUGUGAAGGUGCAGUCGUUCCAGAUGAAGAGAUGCCUGGACAAGAGCAAGCUCAUGGACGCCCUGAAGCACGCCUCGAACAUGCUCGGAGAGCUCCGGACUUCCAUGCUGUCGCCGAAGAGCUACUACGAGCUCUACAUGGCCAUCUCUGACGAGCUGCACUACCUGGAGGUCUACCUGACGGACGAGUUCGCCAAAGGACGGAAGGUGGCCGACCUGUACGAGCUGGUGCAGUACGCGGGCAACAUCAUCCCCCGGCUGUACCUGCUGAUCACGGUCGGAGUGGUGUACGUCAGGUCGUUCCCGCAGUCCCGGAAGGACAUCCUGAAGGACCUGGUGGAGAUGUGUCGUGGUGUGCAGCACCCCCUGCGGGGCCUCUUCCUCCGCAACUACCUCCUCCAGUGCACCCGCAACAUCCUGCCUGACGAAGGGGAGCCUGCCGAUGAGGAGACAACCGGCGACAUCAGCGACUCCAUGGACUUCGUGCUGCUCAACUUCGCCGAGAUGAACAAGCUGUGGGUGCGGAUGCAGCACCAGGGCCAUAGCCGGGACCGUGAGAAGCGGGAGCGCGAGCGGCAGGAGCUGAGGAUCCUGGUGGGCACAAACCUAGUGCGCCUCAGCCAGCUGGAGGGCGUCAACGUGGAGCGCUACAAGCAGAUCGUCCUGACGGGCAUCCUGGAGCAGGUGGUCAACUGCAGGGACGCCCUGGCGCAGGAGUACCUCAUGGAGUGCAUCAUUCAGGUGUUCCCGGACGAGUUCCACCUGCAGACUCUGAACCCCUUCCUGCGGGCCUGCGCAGAGCUCCACCAGAACGUGAACGUGAAGAACAUCAUCAUCGCCCUCAUCGACAGAUUAGCUCUGUUUGCUCACCGAGAAGACGGACCCGGAAUCCCAGCGGAUAUUAAGCUCUUUGAUAUAUUUUCACAGCAGGUGGCCACAGUAAUACAGUCCAGACAAGACAUGCCCUCGGAGGACGUCGUGUCCCUGCAGGUCUCCCUCAUCAACCUCGCCAUGAAGUGCUACCCCGAGCGCGUGGACUACGUGGACAAAGUUUUGGAGACGACAGUGGACAUAUUUAACAAGCUCAACCUCGAACACAUCGCCACCAGCAGCGCGGUGUCGAAGGAGCUCACGCGGCUCCUGAAGAUCCCCGUGGACACCUACAGCAACGUCCUGACGGUGCUGAAGCUGAGGCACUUCCACCCGCUCUUUGAGUACUUUGACUACGAGUCCCGCAAGGGCAUGAGCUGCUACGUGCUGGGCAACGCGCUGGACCACGGCACGGAGGUCGGCUCUCAGGACCAGGUGGACUCCAUCAUGAACCUGGUGUCCACGCUGAUUCAGGACCAGCCGGACCAGCCCGUGGAGGACCCUGACCCGGAGGACUUCGCCGACGAGCAGAGCCUCGUGGGCAGGUUCAUCCACCUCCUCCGGUCCGAGGACCCCGACCAGCAGUACCUGAUUUUAAACACGGCACGGAAACACUUCGGAGCUGGCGGGAACCAGCGCAUCCGCUUCACGCUGCCGCCCCUGGUGUUCGCGGCCUACCAGCUGGCCUUCCGCUACAAGCAGAGCUCCAGAGUGGAUGACAAGUGGGAGAAGAAAUGCCAGAAGAUCUUCUCCUUUGCCCACCAGACCAUCAGCGCCCUGAUCAAGGCCGAGCUGGCCGAGCUGCCCCUGCGGCUCUUCCUCCAAGGGGCUCUGGCCGCCGGGGAGAUCGGCUUCGAGAAUCAUGAGACCGUAGCCUAUGAAUUCAUGUCCCAGGCCUUCUCCCUCUACGAGGACGAGAUCAGCGACUCCAAGGCCCAGCUGGCAGCCAUCACCCUGAUCAUCGGCACCUUCGAGAGGAUGAAGUGCUUCAGUGAAGAGAACCACGAGCCCUUGAGGACGCAGUGCGCUCUUGCGGCGUCCAAACUUCUGAAGAAGCCCGACCAGGGCCGCGCCGUGAGCACCUGCGCCCACCUCUUCUGGUCCGGGAGGAACACGGACGGGAACGGGGAGGAGCUGCACGGAGGCAAACGGGUGAUGGAGUGCCUGAAGAAGGCGCUCAAGAUCGCCAACCAGUGCAUGGACCCCUCGCUGCAGGUGCAGCUCUUCAUCGAGAUCCUCAACAGAUACAUCUACUUCUACGAAAAGGAGAGCGACGCGGUCACGAUCCAGGUGUUGAACCAGCUUAUCCAGAAGAUCCGAGAAGACCUCCCCAACCUGGAGUCCAGCGAGGAAACGGAGCAGAUCAACAAGCAUUUCCACAACACGCUGGAGCACCUGCGCCUGAGGCGGGAGUCGCCCGAGUCCGAGGGGCCCAUCUACGAAGGCCUCGUCCUUUGAGGGGGCCCACCGCCCUUCCUCGCACAUCCACGGAGGGUUUCAUGACACUAGGCCUCCCUCCCAUAGAUCGUGCCUUCCGGAAAUGCCGAGGCAGGUUUCCCAUUUCUGACCUGUGGUGUGUUACACCCAGCACCUCCGGACUCUCACCUUCAAGACCUUAAUAAAGUUCCUCACUUCAUUAGCGUUCAGGCCCUCCGGUCGCCCGAAGUAGCAUGGUCGAUUUGCUCUUUAAAAAAUUCCUGUGCUCUCUUAAGGAAAAGAAAAAACCCAAACAAAUCCUUAAAAACCACUUCUCAUGGCUACUAGUGAAGCUCUCCUCCCUUCCUUCCUGUUUCGUUCCACUGUUGGUCCUGUAACUUCCUUCCCUGCGAGGGAGCGCUAACCCGGAAGUGUCUGUCUCAGUUCCCGCGUCCAGUUUGCGAUUAAUUUAGAAGAAAGGAUUACGGUAUGUGGAAUUCAGCUCGGGCUUUUCCCUAAAUGCAGAGUAAGGCCAUGUACAAUAUUUUCCCUGAAACUAGAAUAUAUUAAUGCAUGUUUGGGAGUGUUAAAGCACCGUGGUCAAAGCCAGAAGCUAUAUUUUGCAUAUUUGGACUCAGCCACCCAGUAAGAAUCUAUGUUGUUCUCUUGACAUAUUUAUCAAAAUAAUUUUUGUUCUUAAUAGUAUAAAAUAGAAAAUUUGUGAUCUAUAUAAUUUAUGUAUAACCUUCAUUAUUGUAAAUUUAGGGGGAAAUGCAUCAUCCAAUUAUGAUUUUUUUUUGCACCAGUGAAAAUAAAGUUGCUUUUAACAACGGU